AUGGUGCCUCUCACAUACGACGUGUUCUUCCUUUGGUUGGUAUACGCAGUGCUUGUCUACAAAGGCACUAAAGUUAUCUAUCGGCUAUAUUUCUCUCCGCUGGCCAGAUUUCCAGGUCCACGCUUGGCAGCGGCCAGUGGUCUCUAUGAAUUCUAUUUUGACAUUAUAAAAGGAGGCCAGUUCAUGUUCGAGCUCGAACGUUUGCAUGACAAAUACGGUCCUAUAGUCCGCAUCACUCCUCACGAGAUACAUAUCAGAGACCCCAGUUUUUACGAUACGGUCUACGGCGGGCCAAUACAUAAACGAGACAGAGACCCUAAGUUCGCUCUCGCUGGAGUACCGCUGUCAGCCUUCGAGACUGCGCCACAUGGUCUUCAUCGUGAGCGGAGGAGAUUGUUGAGCCCCUUCCUUACAGCCCAAGCCAUCACAGGCAUCCAGCCUCUUAUUCAAGAAAAGAUAGAUUUGCUCUGUGGCCAUCUGUCAAGAAUGGUGGGUACAGGAGAGAUCAUGGAGUUGCACUCUACCUGUGUUUCUUUUGCCAUAGACGUUCUGUCUACAUAUAUGCUCGGCAGGGAGAAUUGUUAUGGAUAUCUGGACAAUGCAGUGAUAACAAAUGAAUGGAAGAUGUGUGUUAACAGCAUUUUUGAGUGGCUGGUUCCUCUCAGACAUUUUCCAUUCAUGCUCAACCCAACACGCAUGUUUGCUCAAUUUGCUAGUUCGCUCUCUCCCACUAUUUCCUGGUAUAUAAAAUUGGAAGAGAAAGUCCGUAAAAGUGUGAAGGAUGCAUAUGACAAGCCAGACGGGGAGUCGGUCAUGUCGAAGAUUCUCUCCAACGACAAAUUACCUGACAACGAGAAAGAACUUCCACGCCUGCUAGAUGAAUUUGAGUUCGUAUUGAUUGCUGGCACUGAUGCGCCGUCCCAAGUAAUAGCAAUUACUCUGUUUUAUCUUCUUUGGAAUCCAGAAACAUAUCAAAAGCUCAGAGACGAGUUGAACGAAGCCUUCCCUGUUCUGGGCGAAGCGGACUGGACCAAGUUGAAGAGCCUUCCCUAUUUGUCUGCUGUGGUCAAAGAGAGCCUACGACUUUCUGCCGUCGUGACAACAAGGCUUCCACGUAUUGCCCCUGAUGAGGAUUUACACCACGGCGAAUGGACCAUUCCACGAGGGACAAUUGUCAGCAUGACCACCCAUUCUAUCCUACGGAGCCCCGUGAUCUGGGACGAGCCGAUGAAAUUCAUCCCAGAGCGUUGGAUGGGACCUCCCGAGGAAGUCCGUGAGCUGGAUAGAUACCACGUUCCAUUUGCAAAGGGCAACUCCAGUUGCAUGGGACCUAGGAUGGCCUACGCGUGGUUACACGCAGUGGUAGGCACUGUGGUACGCAAGUUUGAAUUAGAGCUUCACGAAACUGACGAAAGUAAUAUUGAGAUUGUUCGAGACUGUUUCAAUGGAGGGACAGUUCCCGGGCACAACAAGAUUAAGGUCAAGGUCACCAAAGAGCUCAACUAG